GCACACAGCACGAAACACCGCACGAAAGCAAAACAAGCGAGAAUGAUUGAUUUUUCGUCGUGCGUCGUCGGGAAAAGUAGGCGAACGGCAGCUUCGCGGAAAAGCGGGCAGCAGUGAAAACUUUUAGUAUCACAGUCGUUGCUGACGAGCGGAAGGGACCGCAGCUCGGGAAAAUCAGGAAAAGAAAAUCACGCGAGGGCCCCCGUCUUUUUUUAUAAGAAUUUCAAAAUAUUUUCAAUCGAAAGGCGUUUAGUGUAAAUAGUUUUUAUCGUUUUCUAAUCAAAUUGCCAGUGGAAAUAGUGUUUUAGUGCUGUGCUAAGAGAAUUACCGUUAAUCGGAAGUAGAGAACCGAGUGCAAAGGAAUUUUCCUACGUCACAGGCUGUGCCGUGCGUGUGUGUGAGUGUGCACCCCCGGAAAUGUAACACGCACACUGGCGCAGUGAAAAACUUGCACCUGAAAGUUUUCGUCGUGUUUUCCACCUUCGUGCGCCUGCUCUCGGCAUUCGACGACGAAAAAAACCAAACAAAAAAUAUAGAAAAACGCAGAAAAAGGUCAUCUAGGGCAGCAGCGGAACUGAGGCGCAGCGGAGCCGCCCAAGUGCAGCCGUCGAAAGCGUUGGUGCGGGCACCAUGGACUCGCUCAAGUUACCAAAGGCCAACAGUGCCACCAGCAGUGCUAGCGGCAGCAACAGCAACCUGUCCGGCUCGACAUCCGCAUCCGCAGCCACAUCGCCCACAUCGUCGGGCAAUGCGGUCGGUGGCAUUCUCUCCGGUGCUCCCAAGUCGCCACCUGGCCUGAGCAGCAGCACACCCAUCACGGUGCGAUUCAACGCCAACGAGGAGUCCCUGGACGACAUCCUGCAGUCCUUCCAUCACAGCAAGCACAGUCCAAGUGGCGGAGCGAGUGGCGGCGGCGACGCCUCGCCCACCUCGAAUCUCCUCGGGAUGAAGAACAACGGCCUGGGACUCAACACCGGCCUGGUCGUGGGCGCCUGUGACUCCCUCUCCAGCAGUCCUUCGCAGCCUCAGAUGCAGGGCGGAUCCGCGUCCCUCUUCGGCAACGACGAAGUAACUCUGCGCAAUAAUUUCAUGCAAGCCGGUGGUUUCUUUAAUCGCAAAAGAUCCGGCAGCAUUGAGGGUGUAUCGCCCACCUCCAGCGGACCCAGUCUCAUAUCCGCAUUGUCGGCAGCUAGCAGCGCAGGAGGAGGCUCCUCCGUGGGAGGAGCUGUCCCCGCUGGCGACAGCAGCAGUGGCGGUGGCACCUGGCGGCUGAUUAAGGGAAAGGUUAGCCAAACCAUCGAGGAAAUCAAAUCCUCCAAGCUGCCUCCCCCGACGGCACCGAUACCCAUUAUAGUGGCCGAUCCACCUUCAACUGGCUGGAGCAACGAUCCCGAUUCGGACACCGAGUGCCUCACCGUGAACACAUCCAUCAGCGAGGAGCUGCCGCUGGACCAGGAGCACAGGCAAAACUCCGAUUCGGACGUGGAGGCGGAGCUGCUGCAGCACGACAACAUCAGUUUGGGCAGCGUGGGGGAAUUGGGAGCGGUCAGUGCAGCCACAGGCGGCCACUCGGAGCGAUCCCGUCUGCGUCGCGGUCUGGCCCACAUUCGAUCCAAGGUGAAGGCCAAACACCAGGCGGCGGCAGCCAUGAACAAGAAGGAUGUCAGUCCCAGUGGAGCCACAGGGCAGCCAACGACAGUGCGUACAGGAUUCUUGCGUCGCCGUCACGUGGUGGAGGCGGGCAGCGAGCCAUCCACCAGCCAGCAGGCGGAGAUUGCCAUCGUGAGUGGCAAGGUGAAGAAGCGGGGCAUUCUGCUGGCCCGCAAGGACGUGGAGAUCGAGUCGGGCGUGGAGGUGCUCGAGGAUAUGAUUCCCGCCGCUCCAAUGCAGAGUGAUCCGGCUAAGGAAACUGAUGAGAAACGAACGGAGGAUGAUCUGGAUGCAGGAGCAGAUGCCGAGUCCCGGGCCACUCUAACCCUUCCCGUGGCGCCGGCCGUCAGUCCUUUGGCUUUUAAGCAAUCGCAGAGUUCAACGCGUGACUCCCAAAAGAGCAGGCAGAGUUUCCUAUCCAGCCUGAGCAUGCUCAGCAUUUCCCAGUGGCGGGAGAAGCAUCAGGGUGCCACGGCCUUCGCCAUGCCCGUGCUGCUCUCCCUCUUCCUGAUCCUGCUGAUGAUCCUGCCGGUGCCCGACUUCCUGCGCGGCGUCUUCGCCACCCUCUUGUUCUUCACCGUGAUGGAUUGCUGUGGCGGUCAUCUAAGGGUGCUGCUCGAGGACUUUCUGCUCACGACGCAUCCCGAGCGAGUGGCCUUCGCCAUUCCCAAUUACAAGAUCAUGCCCAUUUGCGAGAUUCCCGCUGUCGAGGAACACAAGACGAUCAAGACAUAUGCCGGCUGGAUGAACGAGAUAAAUAGCUAUGAUCCCAAUACGUUUUCAUUUACUCUUACGAGAGCGGUUUAUGUGCGAUUGGAUGGAUGUAUCCUCAAGAUGUCGGGUACAAACGCCCGGAUUCCCAAGCGACGCAUGUGGAACGAGCCACCCAUCGAUCGUCACAAGAUCCUGUUCACGGAUCACCGCUCAUAUGAUCUCAGAGACUGCCGGAUAGAGCUGUUGCCUUUGGGUCUGGCCAAUAAACGCUUCUAUAAUCGCAAGUAUCCCAUACAACUGAUCAUUAAGAGCACUAGGGAUUUGCCCGAAGAGCAGAGCUCCGUGGAAAGCCAGUCGGAUCAAACGGUCAAGCAGGAUGCCAAGGAAGCCAAACCUGCUUCAUCAUCGGGAACCACUCCACCCGGCGGAGGAGAGGAGGAGAAGCUGGUGGACUUUGCUGGCACGGUCAUGCAGGCAGAUUUACAGCAACUGCGAAAUACUGUGAAUCCGGACAAGGAGCUCAACGACAUCACCGUUCCCUGCGGCGAUGAGGUGCGUCUCCUGCUCUUCUCCAGAUGUGACCGGGAAAAGGAGGACUGGUAUCGACGCUUCACAGCCGCCAGCAAGGGCAUGGUUCACGAACAAGAUCUCCAGGUGCCGAUGGCCCGUUUCGUGGAGGAUUCUGACCUUCAGGCGGCCGCCGCCAGACAAGCAUUGCACCUGGUCGGUGGGAUGGGCAAGAGCGGAAUGGGAGCUGUGAAGUGGCAGACUGAAGAGGAGAUGUCUACCGGCAAGGCAAAUGAUGAAACCGAUCAGCAAACUCCGGAUGGUCAAUUCGAGAAUGUGACCGAGGAGGACUUGUGUGAGACGCCCAAGGAGGAUACCUUCGAUGGCAUGAUCAUGAGUGCCAAUGUGGCCAGAAAUUCGCCGGAUUAUGUCCGUUUCAUGGCCGUCUACCAGAAAGCUUGUAAUCAGAGCAAUAUUCCUGUUACCCGAAGUUCCGUCGGAACAUUAACUUCAACUGAUCGGCGCCAAAGAAAAUCUCGCCGUGCCAAACGCCAGGAAGAUGAGCUGUGGAAGGGCAUUGACCAGUCGCUUUUCCUCGGUCCCUCCGGCAGCAUUGUGUGGGCCAAUGUCCUCUUGGGCCGCUGUCUUUAUAGUUGGCUACACGAUGCCAUGCUGCACGAGAAGCUGAAGGAGGUGCUGCAGAAAAAACUCAACUCUAUUAAGCUGCCCAGUUUCAUGGAGGAGGUGAUCAUCACAAAUAUUUACUUGGGUCAGUCCCCGUUACUGUGUCAUCGGGUCUCCCAGCCGAUGCUGGAUGAGCGCGGUCUAUGGGUGGAUGCGGAUGUGACCUACGAGGGAUUGGCCCACAUAACCGUGACCACCAAGCUGAAUUUGCUGCGCAUACGCAGCAAGACCAAGUCACCAAUGGCCACCGACAAUGUGCCCACCACAUCGAUGGCGCCGGAGCAGACGCAGGAUUUGCGCAGCCAUUCGGAUGCGAACUCGGAGAACGUGAUCUACGACAGCGAUGCCGAGAGCUCGGGUGGUUCCUCCACAGAAUCCGAGAGCCCACCGCCGGGAAAUGCCCAAGAGAAUCCGGCAGGAACUGAAUUCUUCCAGAAUUCACCCGGAAAUGCGCGACGGAUUUUCAAGAUUGUCGACCGCAUAGCCGCCUCCAAUUUAUUUCAAUAUGCCACCGAGCUGCCCUAUGUGCAGCGAGCCAUGGAGAACAUGAACGCGAACAUCACCCUGCGCGUAGAUCUCAAGGGUCUGGUGGCCCGUGGAACCCUGAAUGUGCCCCCGCCGCCCUCGGAUCGGGUGUGGGUGAGCUUCCGUGGACCACCACGCCUCUGGAUAUCCACCAAGCCCCAAGUGGGCGACAAAUCCGUCGACUGGUCCAUCGUGACCAAUGUCAUCGAGAGCAAAUUGUGCGAGGCUGUCAACAAGUUUCUGGUCUAUCCGAAUAUGGUGGACUUCUCGAUACCGUUCCUGAGCAACCCGAAUUUCGAUGAGGAGCCAGCGAAUGCAGCCAACUAGAUACCAAAAUUAAGAGGACUAGGCAGGGAUAAAAGGAAAGAGAUACAAUUUAUAUCCGAUGAAUUUAACACAAAGUGUGAGCGAGAUUUUUUACGUUACUUCUUCUUUUUAGUUUUGAGAUAAUCUUCAAGCUUAGCUUAGAUCUGCGAUCUCCAGUUCCAAUUUCUACUACUUAACCGCUUAUAGAGUGAUGAGUAAAGGGACUACCGAUUCCAAAUGACAAGUUACGAAACGCUUAUUUUCAUCACAUUCUGUUUACACUCCAGAACAAUCCCAAACUUAGCUACAAUAAUUUACACUUAUAUCGAGGAUGUCGAAAAGAAUGGAUAUAGCAUAUUGAAUAUGCUGCAACAGCCGCUCUGUGAGGUCAUCACGACAAGUAUUCCAAUAGCAUAAUGCAGGCCUAUAGCCCUGCAACUUAUCCACUAUUCUAUACGAACAACUACAAUAUACACACCUAUAUAUAUUUAUAUAUUCCCCGUAGCGUAGUCUUAGAAUGAGUGUGAAUUUUAAAUAAGAGAAUCGAAAUCUUCUCAUCGAUCGUCAACCAUAAAACAUAUGUACUUAAAGCGUUUCAACUAUCUUAAAUACGCUGCUACAAACUGAAAGAGCGGAAACGGAUCCGUAUAUUUUGCCAAAUAAGAACAAACUAUUCCCUUGGGUUCCAAUUUAUACAACAACUAAGAAAUAUCAUUUACACGGUUGUUUUCCAGGCUACACAACUAAGUAAAUCAUUUUAGCUGCAUAUUAUACAUAAACAUAUAUAUAUUUAAAUGUUUUUCAUAAAUAAAGGAUAGCAAA